CCGUUCACCUCCCCCAAUUCACCCACAACUACGACCGCUUUCUUUGCUGAAAAACUGAUCGACGAAUUGGCAUUGGCUGCUAAUCCUCAGCUGCUUGUGCGCUGAUCCACCGAAUCCAGCCGCUUCGUCUUUCGAAACGUCGGCCAAGCUUCGGAGGCUGUGUUGCGCAUCCAACCUGCAUCCACUGUUUCUGCAACCACCCCACGAACAACCUAAGCGCACGCCUCAACGUACUCGAGGAGGAAGAUAUUUGCCCUCUAUACUGUCUGAAUGAGUCGGGAAGACACAGCGGCCCUGCGUGAGGAUAAGCUCCCGUCAAAAACAGUUGGCCGCAAUGGCCGGUCGGCCUCCAGGUAGACAGCCCUCGAACAGCGACAAUCUUAUCGAUUUCGACGACUCGCAACCCGCAUACUACUCUGGCUCGCGGCCACCACCAGGCACAGGCCCCUCUGACAGUUCCCAGCCACAGGGCCGGCCUUCUAUAUCUUAUGAUGAUUUCGUUGGUGGGAGCAGGUCGACUGCAGGACUUCCGGGCGGCCCGGGAGCAUCGCCUGCCGGAGAGACCCCAUAUUCAACGGGGGGAGGCAGGGUAUACUCGCAAACGUCAGUCCUAGGGAACUACCAGCGGUAUUCUGACGCUGAAAUACCAGCGGACGAUGAUCACUCGAUGCAGGGGUUCUACGCCGGAGGAGAUGGCUACGAUGCACCACCAGCGGGCCUUCGGCGGGGAGGAUCCAAAAAAGCCAACAGGAACAGCAUUCUGAGUCUCGGCGGAGGGUUGACAGGCCGUGUGAAACAUAUUUUUGGCAGGAACCCAGAAUACUCUGAAAUGGACCUGCCAUUAACUGAGCAUGGAGCGCAACAGCACCGGACAGAUAGUGGAGGCAUCGAAGAAGGAAAGCCACCUGCGAAGAAGCGCAGCUCAGGCGUCUUCAAAUUUGGGUUCGGGCGAGGUACCCCAGAUCCUUCCACCCUCGGUCCCAGGAUAAUACAUCUAAACAAUCCCCCCGCGAACUCGGCGAACAAGUACGUCGACAAUCACAUUUCAACCGCAAAAUACAACGUCAUUACCUUCCUCCCGAAAUUCCUCUACGAACAAUUCUCAAAAUACGCCAAUCUUUUCUUCCUAUUCACUGCGAUAUUACAGCAGAUCCCAGGUAUCUCCCCGACUAAGCGAUAUACUACAAUUGUACCCCUCGGCAUAGUUCUGUUGGUCUCGGCUAUCAAAGAGUACAUUGAAGAUUUCCGGCGAAAGAAGUCCGAUGGGACAUUAAACAACUCCAAGGCCCAAGUCCUAAAAGGUUCUACAUUUGCGGAUACUCGGUGGAUUAACGUGGCAGUUGGGGAUAUCAUCCGCGUGGAGUCUGAGGAACCCUUUCCGGCCGAUCUGGUGUUAUUGGCAUCUUCAGAACCGGAGGGUCUCUGUUACAUUGAAACCGCUAAUCUAGAUGGAGAAACCAACUUGAAAAUCAAGCAAGCUAUCCCAGAAACAGCAGAUCUUGUUAGCCCAUCUGAAUUGAGUCGUUUGGGAGGCAAAAUUCGAUCUGAACAGCCUAACAGCAGCCUGUACACAUACGAAGCAACCCUGACUGUGGCAGCUGGUGGAGGAGAGAAAGAGCUUCCAUUAGCGCCGGAUCAGCUAUUGCUACGUGGAGCUACUCUUCGAAACACCCCAUGGAUUCACGGCGUUGUGGUUUUCACAGGACACGAAACCAAGCUCAUGAGAAACGCUACCGCUACCCCCAUCAAAACCACAGCAGUUGAACGAAUGGUAAACAAGCAGAUUCUUAUGCUAGGGGCGAUUUUGAUCACCCUGAGCACCAUCAGUUCCGUUGGCGACAUCAUCGUUAGAACUACUUCUAGUAAGAAUCUUGAGUACCUCGACCUUGGUGCCUUUAACGGUGCCAAGCAGUUUUUCUCCGACCUCUUAACAUAUUGGGUCUUGUACUCUAAUUUGGUUCCGAUCUCACUUUUCGUCACAAUUGAGAUCGUGAAAUAUUACCAAGGCAGCCUUAUUGAUUCCGACCUAGACAUCUACUACGAACCUACGGAUACACCUGCGAAUUGUCGUACUUCCUCAUUGGUGGAAGAAUUGGGUCAGAUUGAGUAUAUCUUCUCGGACAAGACAGGAACUUUAACUUGCAAUAUGAUGGAAUUCAGGCAGUCGUCAAUUGCAGGUAUUCAGUAUGCAGACGAAGUUCCAGAGGACCGAAGAGCAACGUUUGAAGAUGGUACUGAAGUCGGAAUUCACGACUUCAAGAGACUUCAGGAGAACCGCAAGAACCAUAUGUCGAAGGACAUCAUCGACCACUUCUUGACGCUACUAGCGACUUGUCACACUGUUAUUCCAGAAAGGGGUGGCGAAAAGGAUGUCAUCAAGUACCAGGCUGCUUCGCCCGAUGAGGGAGCAUUGGUCGAGGGAGCCGUCAUGUUAGGAUACAAAUUCACUGCACGAAAGCCCCGAUCGGUCACCAUCCUUGUCGACGGUCGCGAACUGGAAUAUGAACUGUUAGCAGUUUGCGAGUUUAACUCCACCAGAAAGCGAAUGUCCACCAUCUUCCGGGCUCCCAACGGCAAGAUCAUUUGCUACACUAAAGGUGCAGAUACAGUUAUCCUGGAACGGCUUGCCAAGGAGAACCCCUAUGUUGAAGCGACACUCACCCAUCUUGAGGAGUACGCUGCUGACGGUCUCCGAACUCUCUGCCUGGCGAUGCGCGAGGUCCCUGAAAACGAGUUCCAAGAGUGGCGGAAAGUGUUCAACACGGCCCAAACGACAGUUAGCGGGAACCGCGCUGAAGAACUUGAUAAGGCCGCAGAGCUCAUCGAGCACGACUUCACCCUACUUGGUGCAACUGCUAUUGAAGACAAGCUCCAAGAGGGUGUACCAGAUACCAUCUCAACUCUGCAAUCUGCUGGCAUCAAGGUCUGGGUGUUGACCGGUGACCGUCAGGAGACUGCCAUCAAUAUCGGAAUGAGUUGCAAGUUGAUCAGCGAGGACAUGAGCUUGCUUAUUGUGAACGAGGAAGACAAGGAAGCAACAAGAGAUAACAUUACAAAGAAACUUAAUGUCAUCAAGAGCCAGAGCCAGACAGGUUCAGAAAUGGAUGUGCUUGCCCUCGUCAUCGAUGGCAAGUCGCUCACGUUUGCGCUAGAAAAGGAUCUUGAGAAGCUCUUCCUAGAUCUAGCUGUUAUGUGUAAGGCUGUUAUUUGCUGUCGUGUAUCUCCUCUACAGAAAGCUUUGGUCGUCAAGCUUGUCAAACGCCAUCUCAAAGCCAUUCUUCUCGCUAUUGGCGACGGAGCUAAUGAUGUCUCCAUGAUCCAAGCUGCUCAUGUUGGUGUAGGUAUUAGUGGUGUUGAAGGUCUUCAAGCCGCUCGAAGUGCUGAUAUAGCCAUCGGCCAAUUCCGCUACCUGCGCAAGCUUCUCUUGGUACACGGCUCCUGGAGUUAUCAACGUGUUAGUAAGGUCAUCUUGUACUCGUUUUACAAGAACAUUGCCCUCUUCAUGACCCAGUUCUGGUACUCCUUCCAGAAUGGGUUCUCUGGUCAAAUCAUUUACGAGUCAUGGACGCUCACUUUCUAUAACGUCUUGUUCACCGUCAUGCCUCCUUUCGUCCUCGGCAUCUUCGACCAAUUCGUCAGUGCCCGCCUUCUAGAUCGCUAUCCCCAGCUCUAUCAUCUCAGCCAGUCCGGUGUCUUCUUCAGGAUGCACUCGUUCUGGUCUUGGGUAGCUAAUGGUUUCUACCAUUCGCUCAUCCUCUACUUUGCCUCCCAAGCAUUCAUCCUUUGGGACUGGCCUCAGAGUAACGGCCAGAAUGCCGGACACUGGGUGUGGGGGACCGCACUCUACACAGCUGCUCUAGCAACCGUACUCGGCAAGGCCGCACUCAUCACCAAUAUCUGGACCAAGUACACCUUCCUGGCCAUCCCUGGCUCAAUGUUUGUCUGGUUCAUCUUCCUUCCCAUUUAUGCAACCGUCGCGCCGAAAGUGAAUGUCUCACUGGAGUAUAUUGGCGUGAUUCAGAACCUUUUCCCCUCCGCAGGAUUCUGGGCAAUGCUACUAGUCCUUCCUCCAUUAUGUCUUAUCCGAGACUAUGCGUGGAAGUACGCAAAAAGGAUGUAUUGGCCUCAGGCCUACCACCACGUGCAAGAGAUUCAGAAGUACAACAUUCAGGAUUAUAGACCCCGUAUGGAACAAUUCCAAAAGGCCAUACGCAAGGUCCGACAAGUGCAACGCAUGCGCAAACAGCGCGGCUAUGCGUUCUCUCAAACCGACGAGUCGCAGGCAAGAGUCCUGCAAGCUUACGAUACGACACGAGAGCGUGGGAGGUAUGGUGAAAUGGCAAGUUCGAGAAGGUAAAAUUUAAUGAGGGGUGUUCUCUGUGUGUUUGCAUUGUUUUGGAUUUCUACACUUAGGCACAUGAGUAUGGCGUUUACUGGUGGAUGGAUGGAUUGCGGCUUCGAUGUGUGAAUGACUUCAACCACUCGUCUUAGUCCUGGUAGGAAUAUUGGAGAUUUGGUGUGUGGGGAUGGUUAGGCAGUGUACUGUGUUGUAGUGAGCGUAUGGAAGACUUUUAUUUCUAAAAUAUUCCGCUAGGCGAUUAAUCACGUUUUAGAAAUGUCUAUUGUUGAUUACUUUCUUAUGUAA